AUGAGAAGGCCAAACAGCUCUGAAGAAGAAAUUUCAAAAAGUUCUGAAUUUGCCUGUCUGUCAGACCUUUCCGAGCACGAAGUUGCUCAAAUGUUGAUGAACCAACAAAAUCAAACAAAACGAAGAGGAAGACCUAAAAAAAAGCCUACUUCAUUAGAGCUCUUUCCGAUUGAAAAUUGUAUGGGCAGAAAUUGGAAAUGUGUUCAACGCAUCGGAAAUGUUCAUCAUCAUGAUGAGGAUCACAACAUUAUUAGUAGUAUUGAUAGUAUCAACACUGAAAAUUCUUUAUCUUUUCAUGAUCCGUCUACGGAACACCAAGACCAUUCAAAUAACAACACACAACCAUAUGAUAAUCAUUCUCAACACUUCUUUCGCUUACUUAGCUACAAUAUGCUAUGCCAAGAUUAUUCAAGAAAACAAUACUGUCCACAUUUACCCGAUACUUCUGAAAUCUUGUAUUGGGCAAACCGAAAAAUUAGGCUGUGGGCAGAAUUUAUGUGUUAUGAUGCUGACAUUAUUUGUUUGCAAGAAUGCGAUAAAUACUCAACCCAUUGGAAAGAUAAAUUCUUGAAGGCUGGAUAUGCAUCAUCAUAUACUCAAAGAACCGCAUUUAAACCCGAUGGAUGUGCAACAUUUUGGAAAUUAGAGAAAUUUGAAGUUUUAGAUGAAUUUCCCAUUUUCUUGAAUGAGGUUGGUCAAGAAAUUCAAAGAAAUUCAGAAAUUGAUGUAAAUGAACGAUCUGAUCUGAAUGGAAACGUGGUUACUAGUAGUAAUUUAAUCUCCAAAUUUAUAACUAACAAUAUUGCAAACAUUGUGUUGCUGAGGCACUUUGACACCUAUCAAGUUUUUUGUGUCGUCAAUUUGCACUUGUUUUGGGAUCCUUCAUAUCCUGAAGUGAAACUUUGCCAAGCUCAAUAUGUGCUGAUGAAAACAUUCUAUUUUCUACACCAGAAUCAUGACGAUAUUGAUUCGACAAUUACAAUUUUACUGUGUGGAGAUUUCAAUUCAAUGCCGGACAGUGAAGUUUAUGAAUUACUUACGAAAGGAGAAGCUUUUAUACCUGGAAGUUUUAUUCCUUUCACACCAAAUGGAGAAUUCUCAAAGUAUGUCUCGAUAUGUGAAACCAGUGAGUCCUCUCAAGAAGCAUCCUCUUCUGAGGGAGCUUCACCAUUAAGGUUUCGUCAAAAAUUAACAAAUCCUCUCUCAUCAUCAGGAGGACUUUCACUCUAUAAGAAAGUAAUUGGCCAAGAACCUCCAUUUACAAACUAUACUAAGAACUACAAGGGUUGUUUGGAUUAUGCCUUUCAGUUCAACCAUGUGAUGAACAAGGAUGGUCCACCAAUCAAAACGACGUGUGUCUCUGUUUGUCGAGCUCUCGAAAUGAUUUCACAAGAAAGAGCCUCAGAAUAUGAAGCUCUUCCAUCAGAUAUGUUUCCAUCGGAUCAUAUUGCAUUGUGUUUUGACUUUUCCCUCUUGCACACCAACCACCAACAAUAA